CUAUCGACAUCAGUCGGCCGUGCACGGUUUGAAGUGAUCGCGUUCGUCAGACAAACACAGACCACGUUCACAAUGAAAUCGCUGGUGGUGUUCUUCGCUCUCGCCGCUGUGGCUUGCGGCUCCUUUGUGCCUCUGGCGCAGCCCGCGCACCACCCCGCCAUCGUGCUGGACCCUCACGGACGUCCCUUGGACACCGCUGAAGUCAUCAACGCCCGCGCCGUCCACCUCCAAGCCAAGGCCCUGGAACCCGCCCACUACGGACACGCCGCCGUCGCCGUCGCUCCCAUCGCGCACUCUGCUGUGGUCGCCGCUCCCGCUGUGGUCGCCACUCCCGCUGUGGUCGCCGCUCCCGCUGUGGUCGCCGCUCCCGCUGUGUACGCCGCCCCCGCCGCCGCCGUGUCCCACCAGUCCCGUGUUGAUGUGCGCACCAGCCCCGCCGUCAUCGCUCACGCCGCUCCCGUCGUAGCUCACGCCGCAGCUCCUCUGUGGGCUGGAGCCGGACACUACUUGCACAAACGUUCCUUGGGCCACGCCUGGGCCGCUCCCCUCAUCGCCCCCGCCGCGGUCUCCCACCAGUCCCGCGUGGACGUCGUGUCCAGCCCCGCCGUGUACUCCCACGCUGUGGCCGCCCCCGUGGUCGCGCACGCUGCACCAGUCGUAUCCGUUGCCCCCGCCGCUACUUCUUACCAAUCGCGUGUUGAUGUACGCACCAGCCCCGCUGUCGUGGCUCACGCCGCUCCCGUUGUUGCCGCUGCCCCCAUCGCAACCGCUGCCGUAGUAGCUGCUCCCGCUGCCGCCGUGUCUCACCAGUCUCGUGUUGAUGUGCGCACCAGCCCCGCCGUCAUCGCUCACGCCGCUCCCGUCGUUGCUCACGCCGCUCCCGUCUGGGGCGCUCACGCCGCUUCCGCCUGGGGCGCUCACGCCGCCGCUCCUUGGGCUGGAGCCGGACACUACCUGCACAAGCGUUCCUUAGGACACGCCUGGGCCGCUCCCCUCAUCGCUCCCGCCGCGGUCUCCCACCAGUCCCGCGUGGACGUCGUGUCCAGCCCCGCCGUGUACUCCCACGCUGUGGCCGCGCCCGUGGUCGCGCACGCCGCUCCAGUCGUAGCCGUUGCCCCCGCCGCUACUUCUUACCAAUCGCGUGUUGAUGUACGCACCAGCCCCGCUGUCGUGGCUCACGCCGCCCCCGUUGUUGCCGCUGCCCCCAUCGCAACCGCUGCCGUAGUAGCUGCUCCCGCUGCCGCGGUGUCGCACCAGUCCCGCGUGGACGUGCGCACCAGCCCCGCCAUCUCCGUGGUCGCCCCCGUAGCGCACAGCUACGUCGCCGCCGCUCCCCUCGCCCACGCCGCUCCCCUGGCGCAUGCCGCUCCCCUUGCUCAUGGCUACCAUGGUUGGUGAAGUGCAGAUCUGACGAAUAAAAAGAAAAUAAAAAAAUAUAUAGGUACUUAUAAAAUAGAAUAAAGAAAAUUAUUAAUUUAAUGAAA